AUGGUUUGGAUCCGCUUCAUCCUGAUCCAGAACCGGGCCGGGAAAACCCGCCUGGCCAAGUGGUACAUGCAGUUCGACGACGACGAGAAGCAGAAGCUGAUCGAGGAGGUCCACGCCGUCGUCACCGUCCGCGACGCCAAACACACCAAUUUUGUGGAGUUCCGCAACUUCAAGAUCAUCUACCGGCGCUACGCGGGGCUUUACUUCUGCAUCUGCGUGGACGUCACCGACAACAACCUGGCUUACCUCGAAGCCAUCCACAACUUUGUGGAGGUCCUCAAUGAGUAUUUCCACAACGUCUGCGAGCUCGAUUUGGUCUUCAACUUCUACAAGGUCUACACGGUGGUGGAUGAGAUGUUCCUGGCCGGGGAGAUCCGGGAGACGAGCCAGACCAAGGUGCUCAAGCAGCUCCUGAUGCUGCAGUCGCUGGAGUGAGCCGGGACCAAAGCCCCCCCCGCCACCCCGAGCCUUCCUCUCCCUCCUCCUCCUCCUCCUCUUCCUCAGACCCCCCCCAGAGGGGUGGCACGGGGCUCUCGGUGUCGUGUGUGUCCCCCCCAUUUUCCCUCCACGUCCCCCGUCGUCGUGUUGUGAAUAAAGGUGGCUGUGAUGUGCCCGAGCCCCCA